GGCAUGGUAUACUUUGUGUAGUUCCCUGUUCUCACAUGCUUCCCCGCAAUGAUGAUGACGAUGACGGCUUUUAGACGUUGGUACUGCUUGCUGCUUGCUGCCUGCUUGCUGCUAGCUACCAAUCCACAUUGAACACUACCAUAGCUCUUCACUACACUACCCCAAUCAAUUCACUUCAAUCUUCCACUCGCUGUAACUCAUUAUCGCCCGGUCAUCCCUGCAGUCACCAUGUCGUCCUGCCUCGGAUUCCGCAAGUCAAAGUCCGACGACACAAAGCCCCUGCUACCCGUGUACCGAGAUGAUACGAUCCUCCAGCGCGAGCUUCACCAGAAGCUGCACUCGUAUCAGAUGAUCAAAGCUUUGACCGACGGAUACAUGCCCUCAAAUGAACAGCUCAUCAUCAACCUCCGAUCAUUACUCUCAUCCGACGUCCUAAACCCCAGCGACCCAAACCUCAGCGAUUCAGGAAGACGCCUAGCCAAGUUCUCAAAAGAGUGGCUCAAGGACUUCAUUGAACUGCUCGUGCACAAGAAUGGCGAGGACCAGAUCCAAGACUUUAUUUGGGGAUUGAGCCACUCCAAAGUACAUGUCGACGUAGGAGACCUCGCACACAGAGCGGCCAAGGUACAAUCCAAGGCAAAGACCGCUGCUGCUUAUCAAAGCCUGCAGACCGUCGGAUCCCUCCUUCUCACAAAUUCCGACUUCCGCAUCUUCCUGUCAGAUUUGAACGUUGUUGGCCGCGAAGUCUUCAAGGAUGCUGCCUUCUCCCUGUCGAAUGUCGCAAAGGAGGCUGGCAAGCAGAUCGAGCCAUCACAAGAAGAGCAACAGAAGUUGAGCAAGGUCGGUGCCGACUCUGGACCCCCACCCUCAGGCAAGGACAUUGGAAACGACGUUGCAGAUGUCUCCAAGGUUGUCGCAAACGGCGUCGCUCAAGUUGCUCAAGACACUGAGCAGAGUGCCGAAGAGAAGCUUUCUGGCGACGAAGGCCAGGUCAUGUUGAACCGCUUGAAGCAGGCAGUCACGAAGCUUAGAAAGCGUCCUGACUACAACGAGUCUGUCUCAACCCUUGCCACUCUGCUCAAACGCUACGCUAUCGCGUACUCUCGCUCAGUCGAAGAGACUGUCAACGCUAUUGAAGUAGAUGUACAUGAGAAUGCCGAGAUGGACAAGGCUGGAAAGAACUUCUGGUCCCUGCUCUCAUCCUUCGGCGACCGCGAUGCCUGGAAGCAGCUUGAGGAAACGUUCAAAAAGGUCGUCUCGCACUCCGAGAAGGACCCUGAGUUUGAGAACCUCAUGGUGGACAUUGGCAACUCACUUCAGACUCUGCUUACUGAUCCUAACUUCUUCGACACUGCUCGCGAGAAGUUUGAUGAGCUGCGUGAGAAGUCUCGCAAGGUUGGGUCGGAGUCUGACCUUCGUACUGACAUCGACAACUUCCUCGGACAGCUCCAAGAGACUUUGGUUUCUGUCUUGAACGAUGAAGAUGUGACCAAGCUUAUGCAGCACAGCAUGAAGAUUUUCCGCAUUCUAUCGCCUCUUCACAAUGCCACUAACCCGGAGCUCUUGACCGAUGCCAUCAACAUCUUCAUCCCUCUGAUGAUCGCCGCCAUUCAGUAUAUUCCUAUCCCCCGUCUGGAGAUCAGCACUCCCGACAUCGACCUCUUGCUCGAGAAUCUUAUCAUCGAGCCUGGCAAGACGGUCAACCACACCUCUUUCCUGCCUUACAAGCUUCGCGUCGAGACUUACAACGACUUCGAAAUUCGCAAGGCCAGAUUCCGCACAACUUCCACAUCAUCUCAUUUUGUCACUAUCAAGAUUGAUGGUAUCUCGGCUCGUGCCGAAGAAGUUGGCUUCUGGAUGCGUGCCCACUCCGGUCUGUUCAGACUGGCCGAUGAGGGUAUCACAUCAUUCGCUCUCGACGAGAAGGGUCUGGAUAUCCAUCUUGAUGUAGAGAUUGCCAAGGACAGAAUGGAGUCGAUGCUCAGUCUCAAGGCUGUUCGUGUCAAUGUUCACAAACUUGACUACACUCUGCGCAAGAGCAAGUUCUCUUGGUUGGCAUGGUUGGUCAAGCCCAUCCUCAGACCCAUCGUACGUAAGGUCAUGGAGAAGCAGAUUGCUAGCGGUAUUGCAGACGCUUUGCACGCAGCCAACCGCGAACUUCUUUACGCCCGCGAGCGUCUGCGUGCCACUCGCGUCGCCGACCCCAACGACCUCAUCACUUUCUUCAAGGCUGUUGCUGCACGCCUCACACCCGAGGAUGACCCCGAUCUUUACACUCGUGUCGGCAUUGCUCAACCUGGCAAGGGAGUCUUCAAGGGCAAGUACGCACCUGGCAGUGUGGUCAAGCUGUGGAACGAGGAAGCGGCUCAGGCCGAGGAGAGAAUCGAGGAUGGUUCAGAGGUCAGAGGCUGGAGAAACGACGUCUUCAGCUUGUUGGCUGUUUAAGCGGGA